UUUUUAUUUCUUUUUUCUGAAAAACUAACGGAAAGAAGAAAUCUGUCCUUCAAAGGUGCAUCUAUUAACACAAUCAUAAUGGAACUCCAAAAGCUGGUUUUUGUUGCCUUCUUGCUUUCAACCCUAAUAACCACACAAGUUUUAGCCGACUGCACUUGUGAACAAGAAGAAGACGAGGGCAAAAAGAGUGAAGCUCAAAGGUACAAACUGAUCGCACUUGCUUCCAUCCUCAUCUUCGGUGCCAUCGGAGUUUGUAUACCCUUCAUCGGUAAAAUCUUCCCAGCAUUAAGCCCAGAGAGAGACGGUUUCUUUGUAAUCAAAGCAUUUGCUGCCGGUGUCAUCUUGGCUACUGGUUUUAUUCAUGUACUCCCAGAUGCAUUUGAGAGCUUAACAUCUCCAUGUUUGAAAGAACAUCCAUGGGGGGAUUUCCCCUUUACCGGUUUUGUUGCGAUGGUGGCAACCAUUCUGACACUAUUAUUUGAGACUUCAUCUGCUGCUUAUCAGCAGAGGUCUCAGUACAAACCACCGCCAAAGGUGGCCGGCAGUAAUGGAGAUGAGGAGAACAACCGGCAGCAUGUCGGUCAAGUGGCUGCUCACACUCAUGCAAGCCAUGGGCAUGCUCAUGGAUCCAUGACGCAAGUUGAUGAUGGCUCUUCUGGUUUGUCGCAAGUAGAUCGGUACCGAAUAGUUUCCAAGGUUCUGGAGUUGGGUAUAAUUGUUCAUUCAGUGAUAAUAGGAUUGUCUGUUGGUGCUUCUGAAAGUCCAAAAACCAUAAAACCACUCGUGAUCGCAUUGACCUUCCACCAAUUUUUUGAAGGAAUAGGUCUUGGAGGAUGCAUCUUUCAGGCGGAAUUCAAGUCAUUUGCUGCUAUACUUAUGGGAACUAUGUUUAGCCUUACAACCCCAAUAGGGAUCGUAAUCGGGAUAAUAGUAACCAAUUCGUACAAGGAGAAUAGUCCAACUGCCCUAAUCGUAGAGGGUGUACUAAACUCCGCAUCAGCCGGGAUCUUGAUCUACAUGGCACUUGUUGACCUACUUUCACCCGACUUUAUGAAUCCGCGGAUGCAAAAGAAUAGAAUGCUUCAAUUCUGUUCAAAUGUUUCUCUACUUUUGGGUGCUGGUUGUAUGUCGCUUCUUGCAAAAUGGGCAUGAAAUGUUUUGUUAUAUACGUAGGCGUAAACGUAUGUACGUUUUCAUAUAUUUAUCGUUUUUUUUUCUUUUUUAUACCCUGCUGUAAAGUGACACAAAAGUUCAAUUCUUGUUUAUUUUGCUUGCAUUAGAGGCCAUGGUGAAAAGAUGUAAAGAUUUUUUUAACAGAAAAGA